AGAUGGGCAUUGCGCCUCCAGCAGUAUAACUACACGGUCAAGUAUCGUCCAGGCACAGGGAAUCCGGCAGAUUUCCUUUCGCGGGCACCAAUUAACGAGCCCUCGGGACAGUCUAUUGACGAAGAAUAUAUUAACUUUAUAACAGAGCAAUCCAUUCCCAGAACAAUUACCUUGUCAGAGGUGCAAGAAGCCACAAAGAACGAUAAAGAACUGCAGUCAGUUGGACGAGCACUUCAGUUUGGCAACUGGAAAGACAAAUCCAUAUCAGCUUAUUUUGCAGUACGGCAUGAAAUAACAUCA